AUGGAACUAGUCCAAGAGUGCACUUAUCAAUCGCUCGAUCUCGACGAGGCCUGCGUGAGAUUGACCAAUCACGCCGAUGUUACCGAUCUCUGGCUGUACACCUUAUCAUCCGACUGCCACCAAUGCCCUUACACCAGAGGCGCCGAUUUAUCGGUAUCGCGGUCGCUGAGCGCCAAAGUCGACACCGCGACAUCGCAAUCGUGGCGAAUCGUCAAAACCACCCACGGCGAACCUUACAUAUCCGCGUCAAUCAAUAAUGGCACCUAUUGCCAGAUCAGCCCGGAGAUCGGCGAGUACGGAAGGUACGAGCUCGCGGUGCGCCCAAACGCGACCUGCGAUUUCACGGUACUCGAGAAAGCAGGGAACCCCUACACUCCGCUGAUAAUGGCGUUGGUGCUCGUGAUAAUCCUCCUGUGGAGCUUGUCGGCUUGGAAGACCCUGAGGAGGCGACGACGGGACUCUGCUCGUCAUCGGGGAACGGGGGGAAGAGACAACAAAGACGAGACGGACGGGGGAGGAGGCAAGGCGACCGACGGGACAGCUGAUAAAAGAGUGCGCUCCCUUGAUGCCGUGAGAGGCGCGAGUAUCCUGCUGAUGAUAUUCGUAAACAACGGGGCCGGGGGCUAUCGACAUCUCGAGCACGCGACCUGGGACGGCUUGUACGUCGGGGAUCUCGUCUUUCCCUGUUUCAUGUGGAUCAUGGGCGUUUGCAUUCCACUGUCCGCCUCCUCGGCCCUGUCCCGCGGGACUUCAAAGCUCGCACUUUCCUGGGCUAUCCUCAAGCGCAGUUUUUACUUGUUUUUCAUCGGCGUCUCGCUCAACACACUGGCCAACACCCAACUGGAGGACAUUCGAGUGUUUGGCGUCUUGCAGAGGUUCAGCGUCGCCUACCUGGUCGCGGCUACCGUUCACACGCUCGCGUUCCGGCCAAACACCGCGACCAAAUGGAAGGGGUCAUCAUUGGCAGACGUGAUGGUGAUGCUGCCCGAGUGGGUGGUAGCUUUCCUCGUCCUCGCGGCGCACUGUCUGAUUGUACUGCGGCUGCCCGUCCCGGAUUGUCCAAAUGGCUACUUUGGCCCCGGGGGACUCCACGCGGACGGCAAAUAUUGGAACUGCACGGGCGGCGCGACGGGCUACCUCGACAGAAUCCUACUGGGCGAGCGACACGUUUACCGGCAUCCCACGGCCAGCGGCGUUUACGCAUCCGGAGCCUUUGAUCCCGAAGGCGUCGUAGGUUGUCUACCGUCGAUAUUCCAAGUGUUCCUGGGCAUGCAUGCCGGGCAGAUACUCAAGGCGCACCGCGCCUGGAAGGCUCGGCUGUUGAGGUGGCUCUCGUGGGCCGUCGUCUAUGGCCUCGUCGCCGGGGCGUUGCACUACACCGGUGCCAUUCCCAUAAACAAGAACCUGUGGUCGCUGUCGUUCGUGAUGAUAACGACGUGCUUCAACUUGGGACUCCUGUCGGUGUUUUACCUGGCGAUCGACGUGACCGGCGCGUGGCAAGGUGGCCCCUUCAGGAUACCAGGUAUGAACGCCCUCGUGAUGUACACGGGCCACCAGGUGCUUUGGUCGAUGUUUCCCUUUCACUGGAAAAUCGGGCGCAUGAACAGCCACGCGCUACUGCUCACCGAGUCGAUCUGGUGCGUGGGACUCUGGACUCUGGUGGCUUACGUGCUGCACCGGAAGAAAAUAUACGUCAGACUUUGA